AUGCGAACCGCAAGUCCCCUCGUUGUCCUCGCCUCGGUCGCGACCGCCUUCGCUUCGAUCUCUCCUGCGCCCAUCCCGAAGGACGCCAACCCCGUCUCGCUCCCCGCCAACGUCUCGCUCGACAAGCGCAACUUCUGCUUCCUCGGCAUCUGCAUCGGCGGAACGGACUACUCAAACGACGUGAACAACUGCGGCUGGGCAGGCCACAAGUGCCCGAGUAGCUGGGUUGGCGGCGGCGGAGCGCAGUGCAUCGGCGGAAUCUGCUUGCCGUCGUACUGCAACCACCUCUGGGACCUCGACUCGCUUACCGGCCAAUGCCGCGACGUCUCGUCCGACGCGAGCAACUGCGGCAAAUGCGGACAGACUUGCAACGUCGAGAAUGCGGCGACGACGACUUGCAUCUCUGGCCAGUGCUACGCCUCGGCUUGCAAGCCCGGCUACACCCUCUCCUCCGGCACCUGCACGAAGAACAUCGACACCACCUGCGACGUCAACAACUGCGGCUCGAUCGGCAAGAAGUGCCCGAGCAGCUGGUCUCACGGUUCGGGCUCGACUUGCAUCCAGGGCGUCUGCCAGCCUCAAUCCUGCAACGCCGGCUACGCCUUCGACCCGUCGACGUCGAGCUGCCGCGAUGUCACGAGCGAUACGUCGAAUUGCGGUGCCGUCGGUAACGCCUGCCCGUCGUUGAACGGUGUCCCCCAAUGCUCGAACGGCAAAUGCUCGAUGCAGUCCUGCUCGCGUGGCUACAACCUCGUCAACGGCGUUUGCGAGCAGGUCAACCUGCAGACUGACCCGAACAACUGCGGCUCGGUCGGAAACAAGUGCCCGUCGUCCUUCCCGAACGGCGUCGGCUCGACUUGCGUCAACGGUGUCUGCCAAGCUCAGUCGUGCAACACCGGCUGCAUGUGGCACCCGUCCGCCAAGGCCUGCCUCGACGUGACGAACGACCCGAACAACUGCGGCUCCAUCGGCAACAUCUGUCCGUCGACGAACGGUCAGAGCUCCUGCAACAACGGUCAAUGCGCCCUCAAGUCGUGCAACUCGGGCUACUACCUCCUCAACGGCGUCUGCACAAAGCUCAACCUCCAGACGGACACGAACAACUGCGGCUCGCUCGGCAACCAGUGCAAGGUCGACAACGGCGUUGCGAGCUGCACGAGCGGUACCUGCGCCAUCUCGAGCUGCAACCCCGGCUACCAGCUUCAGUCUUCUGGCUGGUGGUGGUGGGCGACGCAAAGUUGCGAAAAGAUCAGCUGCGCCCAAGGCUUCGACUGGGACUCGAAGCUGAACCAAUGCCGCGACGUCCGCUACGACACGAACAACUGCGGUGGAUGCGGCAACGUCUGCCCGUCCGUGAACGGCGAAGCAGCCUGCUACAACGGCCAAUGCUCGAUGCUCAAGUGCUCGUGGGGCUUCACGCUCGUCGACGGCAAGUGCAACGGCGUCGACACGCAGAACGACCCGGACAACUGCGGUUCUGUCGGUCACGCCUGCCCGCGCACCUUCUUGAACGGCGGCCAGGCGACCUGCAAGAACGGCGUCUGCUCGACCAUCUGCAACUCAGGCUUCGACUUCGACUUCGGCCUUGGCUUCUGCCGCGACGUCAACUCGGACUCGGAGAACUGCGGAAGGUGCGGACAGAAGUGCCAGCUUCCCGGCGCCUGCGUGACGGGCUGCCAGAACGGACAGUGCUACGCCAUCAGCUGCGACCCGGGCUACACGCUUCAAGACGGCGCCUGCAAGAAAGUCGACACGACUUGCGACACCAACAACUGCGGCGCUCUCGGAAAGGUCUGUACGUUCUCGCCCCCUGGCGCGCAAGGCGUCUGCCAGAACGGCAAGUGCACCUUGACGUCCUGCCCGGCGGGCUACAAUCUCGACUGCGACGUUUGCGUAAAGCUCGGCCCGAGCCAAGGAGCGCACUGGAAGCGCAACCUCAAGGCGAGCGAGCCAAAGCGUCUUUGCCCGGGCAAGAACGAACGGGCGUGCCCGAUCACCGGCUCGACGUCCUUCGAGGCAGCGCUCGAACACCAUUUCAACGCCGCUUCCGAGUUCUCCGGCGUCAUGCUCGGUACCGGCGGCUACGAGUGUAUCGACACUCAGCAAGCUCUCGAUUCGUGCGGAGGCUGCGCCUCGACGGGCGAAGGACUCGAUUGCACGAAGAUUCGCGGCGCCGCCGGCGUGGGCUGCGAAGCCGGACGCUGCGUCGUAUUCUCCUGCCGGCCAGGCUGGAAGCCGUCCAUCAGCGGCGACAAGUGCGUUCGCCUACACCCGUCGGGCAGCAAGUCGAGCAACUCGACGUCGACGAAGCACACCAAGCGACGGCACGUCCAGCACCGCCAAAAGCACCUCCUUCACGCCCACCACUCUUCCUAA